AUGGGUCGCAAGCAGCCUCCUCCGCGGCGCGGCGCCAAGCGCCAGGGCAUCGCCGCGCAGGCGCUUCGGGCCGGCGGCAAGAGCCAGAUCGGACAGCAGAACCGCGCGGCGCCCAAGAAGCUCGUGGGCAAGCACCAGAACGCGCAGAAGCUGCAGCAGAAGCGCGAGCAGCUCCGCAGCCAGCAGGUCGGACGGCACCGCGGCGUGGCGGCCGGCCUGAGCCUGGCCGAGCUGGCCGGCCGCGCCGCGCAGAGCUCGCAGCAGUUCGAGCAGACUCAGAUGCAGCAGGAGCAGAAUCAGAGCGCUGCCGGCGACGAGCUCGUGAUCAACGACGCGUCGCGCCGCGCGUACAUGAAGGAGCUGCGCAAGGUCGUGGACAAGGCCGACGUGGUGCUUGAGGUGCUGGACGCGCGCGACCCCAUGGGCUGCCGCACGCUGGACAUGGAGGACGCCAUCGGCAACCGCCACGGCAAGAAGCUCGUGCUGGUGCUCAACAAGGUGGACCUGGUGCCGCCGCACGUGCUGCAGCCGUGGCUCAAGUACCUGCGCGGCUUCUACCCGACGGUGGCCUUCAAGGCCUCCACGCAGAACCAGUCGAAGCACUUGAGCGCCAACUUCGGCAAGGCCGACAAGGCCGCGGGCGAAGCGGUGAGCGGCAGCAAGGCCGUGGGCACGGACGCGCUGAUGCAGCUGCUGAAGAACUACUGCCGCAGCCACGGCGUCAAGACAGCCAUCACUGUUGGAGUCAUUGGAUACCCGAACGUGGGCAAGAGCUCCGUGAUCAACUCGCUCAAGCGCAGCAAGGCCGCCAGCGUCUCGAGCACUGCGGGCCACACCAAGGUCAUGCAGGAGGUGCACAUCGACAGCAAGAUCAAGCUGCUGGACUGCCCCGGUAUCGUGUUCGACCACUCGGAUUCGAGCGCCUUGUUGCUGCGUAACUGCAUCAACACCGAGUCGAUGGCGGACCCGGUUGGAGCUGUGCAAGUGCUGCUCACGCGCUGCCAACCGGCGCAGCUUGCGGAGCUGUACCAGCUGCCUGUGGAUGCCGUGUCCAAGUGCUUCCAGGACGCCGUGCAGUUCUUGGUGCUCGUGGCCCAGACCAAGGGUAAGCUGGGCAAGGGAGGCAUCCCCGACCGCCAGGCUGCUGCUCGCAUCGUGCUGCAGGACUGGAACCGCGGCAAGCUGCCGUACUUCACGCCGCCUCCGGACCAGAGCGUCCAGGUGCUGGACACGCAGCUGGUCACCGCGUUCGGCCAGGAGUUCAACGUCGCCGAUGAAGAACUGAACCCGACGAGCAUCUUCCUCCAGGAAGGAGACGCGACCAAGGAGGCCAGCGGCCCGCAGUGCUCGAUCCCUAUUGCGGCCAGCGGCAAUGGCGACGUGGCUAUGGCGUCCGAGACGACGAAUGAGGCCACGCCCGCCUCCGCUCGUAUCAGUCAGAUGCUGGGUGAUUCCGACUCGGACUCGGAUUCCGACAUGGACUCGGACUCGGAGAUGGCCGACGACACCGCAGAGGCUGCAGGCUACACGCUGCCGCACGCCGCUCUGUCGACCCAGGAGCUGGCCGCCAAGCUGGCCCAGGACGCUUUGAACCCGCAGACGGCUCUGGCUGCCCGACGAAAGGCCAAGCAGUGGCGCAAACUCAAGCGCCGGGCCGCUCGCCAGCAAAUGGGCUCAGAGGCCGAGAACUCGUUCAGCGAGCAAUUUGGUAACAUCGUGGGCAUUGCGCCUCCGACGUUCAUGAACCCCUUUACGACUCAGUAG